AAAAUGACACUAUAAAACAAAUGUCUCGACCCUGAAGUAAAUAAUUUUCAUACAGCAGCAGAGUGGUUAUGGUGUUCGGAGCUGAUCUCAGAUCAGCGCUGAGCGUCGCUCGCAGCUCUACACUGACUCCAUUUUGUGUGAGGGGCUGUUCGUACAGACGCGACACAUUCAGAGGAGAAACACCAGGUAGAGGAGGAUGAGCGGUUGCCGUAUUUUCAUCGGUCGAUUGAACCCCUCUGCUCGAGAGAAGGACGUCGAGCGGUUCUUCAAGGGUUAUGGAAAAAUCAGGGACAUUGACCUAAAAAGAGGCUUCGGAUUUGUAGAAUUUGAUGAUCCGAGAGAUGCAGAAGAUGCCGUUUAUGAGCUUGAUGGGAAAGAGCUCUGCAAUGAGAGGGUGACCAUUGAACAUGCCCGUGUCCGUCUGCGUGGGGGCCGAGGCCGUGGUGGUGGCGGCGGAGGACGUUUUCCUGGUCGGUAUGCUCGUGGCUCUCAGGACAGCCGAAGGAAUCCUCCACCAAUGCGCACGGAGAAUCGCCUCAUUGUGGAGAAUUUGUCGUCGAGAGUCAGCUGGCAGGAUUUAAAGGAUUUCAUGAGACAAGCUGGAGAGGUUACUUUUGCAGAUGCCCAUCGGCCAAAGCUUAAUGAGGGUGUGGUUGAGUUUGCUUCUCAUAGUGAUCUAAAAAAUGCCCUGGAGAAGCUGUCUGGGAAGGAGAUCAAUGGUAGGAAAAUCAAACUUGUUGAGGCGUCCAGGAAAAAAUCCAGAACUCGGUCUCGUUCAAACAGCUCAUCCCGUUCUCGUUCCCGAGGGCGCUCGACGUCCCGUUCUCGUAGCCGCUCCCAUUCCCACAGCCCCAAAUCACAUAACCGUUCCAGAAGCCGGUCGCGUUCGGCCAGCGCUUCUCCCGUGCGGCCCAAAGAAGCUCCACGUGCUGAAUCAGCAUCGCCGCCGGCCCCGGCUCAGCGCCCCCCACCGUCCCGCUCCCCGUCCGCUGACAGCCGUCACUAGCCUCCCCUAACCCUGUGUGCUGAGAGAUGCGUCUGCGUUCAAACGCUGCAAGAGGCUGAUGAAGUUAGCAAUAUUGUCCCAUCUUUGGUCAGUUUAGGUCCUGUAAGUGAAGGGACAGCCUCUCCACACGCCAGGAGUUUCACAGCACGGGCUCUGUUGCUAGUUUAAAGGCAUUUGAUCAGGAGAGUCACAUUAAAUCAGGAAUAUACUGCUGUUUGGGGUGGGAUUUUUUUUGUUCAUGUCUAAAAUGGGUAUGUGGUCGUUAUUUUUAUCAUAUACAGAGUGAGGUUUGAUUGAUGUCGAGAGUCUUUAAUUGUAUAAAUAUAUUUAUGGACGAGUCGGUAAAUGUGAUUUGUUUUCGAGUAGCGCGACCUUAAGAUGUGCGUUGAAUACUGAAUUAGGGUUUUAAGAAUAAUUAAUAGUAUGAUUCAUGACAUGAAGACGAGAAAAAGUGAAAGGCUGAGAAGAAUACGAAUUUCAAGUGCAAGAACUGCCACACAAAAUGAGGAGCGAGGCCAGUACAGCCAUUUCAUAUCCUACAUAUAAAGUAAAAUGAAGUUUCUAAUGCUUUACAGGUCUUUCAGUGUUUUAUGGAACAGCCUGUGCCGUUCGGGCCAGCUAACUGUUUAUUUUUGUUACUUCAUGAAUACACAGUAUGUUUGUAUUGUGGAUGCUUGAAUUAUAAUUAAAGAAUCGUCCAAGUUCCCUCCACACUGCAUGAUAUACACCCUAUUCAUAUGUAUGUACUUAAUUUGUCAUUGUGGAUACACCAUUUGAAUGUUGCAUUAGUUUGUAGGAGUGAAUUAUGCUUUUUUGCAAUACAGCUUUUGUUAAACAAAACAGGAUAUGAUUUUAACGUCAUUUCUGAUGCGUCGUGUAUUCCGGUUUUAUGUAAAAAAUCAGGUUUUGUCUGGAUAUGUUUUGAUGCACGUGUUACUUUUCCGUACCACGGUACAAAUAUUACACAUGACAAUGUUUUUGAACAUUUAUAAAGUUUGUGUAGCGCUGUCAAAAAGGAAUAAAUUACUGAAAAACCGUUA